AUGGCGCAGCUCUCUACUGUCCCGAUUGAGGUCGUCCACAACAUCUUGAGUUUCGUCCCAAGAGCCGACCUUUCGAGACUAUGCCGCGUCAAUAAAUCCCUUUACCAGAUCGCCCAGCUCUUCCUCUAUUCUAUCAUUGAUAUCAAUUGGGGCGAUGACGAAACUGUCCCAAGUUGUCACAACCCCCCAAUUAUCCCUCUUCUCCGCACUCUUUUACGAAAACCAGAGCUAUUUUCGUACAUUGAUAAACUUUAUUUGAGCGGAGGUCGCAUGUAUGACAACCCGGAGCGACCAUUGUUGGAUACUAAAGACCUUUCACCCAACCUCAGCCUAUUUAUUGACGCUAUUAAAACGACUCAAGUGUCUUAUACUAGCCUUUGGAUCGAUAGAUUGAUAGUGGGCGGUAUGGAUGCACUUGCUGGCCUUCUCAUUACCAGCGUUUCCAGAAUCAGAUGCCUACAUAUUGGCCAUAACUAUGUCAACGGCGAUGAUAUCCUUGGAAAAGUUCUUCUAUCUAAAGUGUAUGGAGAGCUACCUGCGUUUGAGAGACUUAAAGAGGUGUGGUAUACAAAGAGAAAAGAGGAUUAUGCCCCACGGAGGAACGAGAUUUUCCCUUGCGCAGCAUCUCUCUUUUAUCUACCGACAGCAACAGAUUUCUAUAUCUCGAUGUCAAAUCCUAACAUCUUUGUGUGGCCAAGAGAAAAGCCUAAUCUUGAUCACCUAACUGAUCUGUCGAUAGAAUGGAUUCUCGAGGAAAAUUUGGUAAGAAUCCUGGCGAUUACGCCAAAUCUAAAAUCACUGGAGUACACAUGGAUUUAUUAUCCCGAUGACGAGCUUGAAUAUCGAAUGAUGGAUCUCGACUACCUUGUUGACGUUUUAUCAUGUGUCAAAGAGACACUUGAGAAGUUCACAUUUUGGAUGGAAAUGGGAGAUGAAGAGCGUGAUGGAUCAACGAUGAAUAUGGAAUUCAGGGGAGCUAUGAGAGGUCUUGCCGAGUUCGACAAACUCAAAUAUCUUGAUAUACCUUUGGUCUGCCUUGCAGGCUUUGCGGCAGAGCCUAUACCUCUGGAGCAGUCUAUUCCUGCACACGUGGAAAUGCUUCAUCUCCCAAACAAACGACUGAGUGAGCAUGGAGUCCAAACACUUUGGUUGGAUCAUCUUUGGAGAUCAGGACAGAACGGUGUGCUCCUGGCUGUCAUGAUUAUGUAG